CCUAUUCUGUGAAGAGCGAGGCUGCAAUCAUUCAAUUCGCCCUUGCACUCCUUCUAAACAACGCUUUAAAAAAAUAUAUAUAUAUAUAUAUAUAUAUAUAUUUACAAUUUGUCAAAAACGCAGUCCACUCUGUGUUACAGAUUAUAAUUUUGGAAACAGAAACCUGUAUGGAAAUCAAAUGUUUCAUCGAUGAAAAUAUUUGCUGAAUUUCGGCCAAAAUCUUUUUCCAUCUUUUCCCACAGCCGACCACUGGGCUUCCUGUCGUCACCAAAUUUGGUAGUGAGUGGAAACUCUAACCGGAUGCUUCACAUUUAUACAUCUGAAGCGCCGUAUAUGUCGCAAUCUAUGCGGACAGAUAUCUCAGUAACUUCAUGGCUUUACCUGCGGGCAUAAAAGACACGCUGCUACGAAUCAUGUCAUCACAGGGCACGGUGACUGACCUAAACAUCAGCCAGCUGAUGCAUCUUGGGACACACAAGCUGGACAUGGUGAACUGCAGAGUGUCUGACUCCGCCCUGCAACAGAUCCGCUGUCCGCAGCUCCGGACGAUCCUUCUGCGAGGCCAACCCAGCAUCACCUCAGAUGGUGUGAGGGCCCUGGCGGCCUCCUGCCCAGGCCUGCAGGUCGUGGAUCUGACCGAGUGUGCUGCAGUGACCGAUGAAGGUGUCCUGGCGCUGGCCCACGGCUGCAGUUCGCUGGAGGUCCUCUCCCUCUGGGGCUGCUCUGCUGUGGGAGACGCCGCCCUGCUGGCACUGGCAGGAAACUGCAGGCUUCUCCAUAGCCUCAAUCUCUCGGGAACCCAGGUUACAGAUGAGGGUGUCAUUGGGCUGGCUACUGCACCGUGCUCUAAUAGUUUGAAGGAACUCCAGUUGGCCCGAUGUCGUAACCUGACAGGCAAGGCCGUGAAGGCUGUCCUUACAAACUGCCCCAACGUCCGGAUCUUUACCUUCGAUGGAUGUCCUCUCAUCACUGAUCAAGAGGCCCUGCAUAACCUUUUAGGCCCAGAUAAGUUCCAACAGGUAUCAUGGACAGUGUACUGAGGGAAAAGUUACCCAUAAAUGCAGACCUAGGAACAGAUUACCCUACCCACAAUCCUUAACCUACCCAUUAGAUUAUCUGACCCUGGAUCAAGGCAUUAGGAGCAACUUGUACUUACUCCAAGGGAGCACUGAAGAGGAUGGCAGGAGGAGGGAUGGAAAGAACACACACAAACUCCUUAAAAGCUUCUGGGACCGAAGUGACUGAACUAGGCUAAUGGUUGUUAUUUACAGUCCGCUAAAGAAAAAAACACCGGUCUCAGUAAAUCUUAGCUUUGUAGUGUGAUUAUCAUCAAUAACAGUGGUUGAAGAUCAAACCUCGAUAGUUAGUUGGAUGUGCUGCUCAGUGUUCUAUUCUCUGUCAAUGUUUGCAAUUUAUACACAGAAAAACAUUUCAUAUUUAUUUAUUCUCUAACCAUUUUUUUUUUUGUAAAUGCACUUAGGACAUUCUUUUCACUGUACUUCAUUUGAGAUGUCCUUGCUGUAACCUGGUUGUAUGCACGCAGCACCCUGUCCUUGAUUUAGAAAUGGUUACUCUCUUCUCCUGUUGUAAAUAUGUAAGCAUUAAAGUAGUGAUACAAUCUUACAUUUGGAAAUAAAUAAUAUGUUGGAGCCAAGUCUGUUCAGGUACACUGGGAUGCGAACUGCAUGUUUAACUAUAUGUGUAACAUGGAAAAACAUGCUUCUCUCUCUAUCUGUUUGGGCCCUUCACAUAGUAGUAGGUUCAUUGCAUGUAUGUUAGGUAAAGGCUCUUCUCAGGAAGGUAUGGGCUUCUUUGCCUUUGUACUUCUUAUGUAAAACAAAGAAGAUAAGAUGUACCAAUGCAUACAUGACCUUCAUUACAGAAGGUAUGCUGAUGGAAACAUGAUGCACCUGAGCUCAAUUUCAAGUCUCAUCGCAAAGGGUCUGAAUACUUAUGUAAUUAAAGUACUUUUUUUUUA